AUGGUUUAUGAUCGAAAAUGUACAAUCGUUUCUGGGAUGUACUUUUUACAAGCAACAAUAUUAGAAAUACAAUUUAGUCAUGAACCAGAAUAUUGUUUGGUGAAAUUAGAUUAUAAUCACACUGAGUUAUAUGUUGAAUCUAGUGCCAUAUUUCAAAUGCCAUUUGAAGGUUUAGAAGAUGAUGAUAUGGACAAUGAUAAAUUAGUGCGUUUGAAAUGUAUUCAGUCUCUGAUAAAUAAUCCAUCAUCCAUCAGAGCCGAUGACAAAUUAAUAACACAAUUAGAUCGCUCCGAUGGCCGAUAUUCGUAUACUCAGUCAGAAACAGGUUCUGAUGAACAAUUUCCAGAACAUUAUAUUGAUCCAUUCGAUAGGCGAUAUAAUUCUAGUGACGAUGAUGACGAAGAAGAAUACUCAGCAACACAUUCCCAACCUACAACACCUGGUAUAACGCUAGCAACAGUCCGAUAA